GGGGUCCUGCGGGGGUCCUGCGGGUGUGGUGGAGGCGGGGGCACGCCGUGCUAAACGCCCCACCCACGAGGAGGUGACUGCGCAGGCCCUGAGGAGGCCAGGCGAGUGUCUGCAAUGUCGGUAGAAAGCGCAGCGCCACAGGUAAGACCAGUGCCCCGCAGGGCGACCUGGCCUCGAGUCUAGGCCCUAGGCCCCAGCCCCACCCCCACCCGCGGGGUGUUUUCCGGCGAGUUCGUCUCUGGGCCUCGGAGUUCUCGUCUGUGAGGAGGAGACCGUGACUGAGGAGGUUGCUGUGAGGAUCAAACGAGGUCGAGUGUGUGUAGAGCGCUUGCGGGCACCCGAAACCUACCCCGUGUCAGGGGUUGCUGUCAUUUGUGCACCUUUUCCUGGCGUAAAUGAAACAGAUUUUCAAGCCUGCCCACUGCUCUGUGAGGUGACAUCUUCGAUUGCUAGGCAGAGAAUUCAGAACUCGAGGUCAGAACCGUUGCCCGUGGUCAUUUGUGUAUUGAGCUGCCUCAGUGAGUACCAGCCGCAGGCCCGGCACCGCUCCGGUCACGCGGGAUUACUCCAACCGGACACACACGUCCAGCCCUCGUGGCCAGCGAAGUGCCUAAGUCCGCCUCCGUGGAUCUGUAUUUAUCCAUGAGCGACACAGAGAGAGAGAGAGAGAGAGGCAGAGACACAGGCAGAGGGAGAAGCAGGCCCCAUGCAGGGAGCCCGACGCGGGACCCGAUCCCAGUUCUCCGGGAUCAUUCCCCGGGCUGAAGGCAGGCGCUAAACCGCUGCGCCACCCGGGCUUCCCCCGAAGGGCUAUUUGAGUGACAGAAAAGAGGAAAGAAAUGGAGUCGUGAAAUGCCUGGAAAAGAGGUUAGAGCACAGGAUGUAAUUGGAAACGAAGCUGUGGGAAGAAGAUGUGUGUUAAAAGAGUUAGAAACGUUGGGAAAGGACUUAUAUGGGGCAAAACUGAUUGCACAAAAAUGCCAAGUCCGAAAUUGUCCCCAUUUCAAGAAUGCAGUGAGUGGAUCAGAAUGUCUGCUCUCCAUGAUUGAAGAGGGAAAUCCUCAUCAUUAUUUUGUGGCAACACAGGAUCAGAAUUUGUCUAUGAAAGUAAGGAAAAAGCCUGGAGUUCCUCUCAUGUUUAUUAUUCAGAACACUAUAGUCUUGGACAAACCUUCUCCCAAAACAGUUGCUUUUGUUAAAGCAGUAGAGUCAGGUCAGCUUGUCUCUGUGCAUGAGAAACAAAGUAUCAAGCAACUCAAAGAAGAACAGGGUUUAGUGAAAAACCCUGAACAGAGAAGAAGAAAGAAACACAAGAAAAUAAGUGGCCCCAAUCCUCUUAGCUGUUUGAAGAAAAAGAAGAAAGCACAGGAUACAAAAUCGUCUGCCUCUGAAAAGAAAAGAAAAAGAAAAAGAAUUCGGAACAGAUCUAUCUCAAAAGUACUUUCUGAAAAGCAGAAUGCAGAAUGAUAAUUCUUUGAAUACUUUUAAAGACACUCAAAUGUGAAAAACAAAUUUCUUUUUAAAACUGUGGAAGUAUUUACAAUAAAAGACUAUUAUUUUUAUAAAUAGAUAUUGACCCAUAAGCCUUUGAGUAAAAUUAUUUGUAUUAAAAAAAAAAACACUUUUUCAGUAUAAAACUGUUGUCUCUUUGUCUCACCAUAUCCCUCUACCCCCUAACAUUAUAUGCAAAUAGUGUAAAAAAAUACAAAAGACUUGUAACAAGAGGUUGUCCCUUUCACAUUCACAGAAAGUCUUCAUUCAAUUCACACAGUGGUUGUAAAAUUUAUACUUCCAAAUAAUAAGAAUAUGCUGCUACCUUUUCGUCCAUCUGUUAUUUGACUUUCUACUAUAAAGUGGAAAUUUUGCUUUUAUUACUCCUCCACAUUUCUAAUAUAUUAAUACUUUAGCCUUUAUA